AUGGAGGGAAACCCUGAGUCUGAGACAGGCAAGGCCAAAAUGAAGAAGGCUGAGGCCCAGAGAGAUGAGGCAGAGGCCAAGGGGCAGAUGGUUGCUGAAGCAGUGACUCAGCACCUGGCCCGAAAAUUGGAGUCCUGUGCAUCUCGCUGUAAUGAGAAAUUUAACCGGGAUGCUGCCUGCCAGUGUGACCGCCAGUGUCCCCGGCAUGGGGACUGCUGUGAAGACUAUGAGCACCUGUGUACUGUGCAAGAGGACCCUGAAGAGCCAGAGCCAUUCCUGGGGCUGGAGGAAGAGAUGUUGGAGGCCCCAGCGAGCAACCUGUACUCGGCACCCAGCUCCUGUCGGGACCGCUGCCACGAGGCCUUCGACAGGCACCAGCCGUGUCACUGCAAUGCCCGCUGCCCAGAGUUUGGGAACUGCUGCAAGGACUUCGAGAUCCUGUGUGGCCACGAGGGCUUCUCCUACAGCAGGGACGCCAUAACCAAGGAGGAGCUACAGAGCGUCUCUGAGAAGAUCUACAGGGCGGACAUCAACAAAGCGAAGAAGGAAGACAUCAUUCUCAACAGCCAAAACCGCAUCUCGCCCUCGGAGACCAGAGACCACGUGGACCGCUGCCCAGAGCCGCUCUUCACCUAUGUCAACGAGAAGCUGUUCUCCAAGCCGACCUACGCGGCCUUCAUCAGCCUUCUCAACAACUACCAGCGGGCCACGGGCCGUGGGGAGCACUUCAGUGCGCAGCAGCUGGCCGAGCAGGACGCCUUCCUCAGAGAGGUCAUGAAGACGGCGGUCCUGAAGGAGCUCUAUGGCUUCCUCCGUCACCAGAACCGAUACAGCUCGGAACAAGAGUUUGUCAACGACUUGAAGAACAUGUGGUUUGGGCUCUAUUCAAGAGGCAAUGAAGAGGAGGACUCAAGUGGCUUUGAACACGUCUUCUCAGGUGAAAUAAAAAAAGGCAAGGUCACCGGCUUCCAUAACUGGAUCCGCUUCUAUAUGCAGGAGAAGGAGGGCCUGGUUGACUAUUAUAGUCACGUCUAUGACGGCCCCUGGGAUUCUUACCCCGACGUGUUAGCCAUGCAGUUCAACUGGGACGGCUACUAUAAGGAAGUGGGCUCAGCUUUCAUUGGGAGCAGCCCUGAAUUUGAGUUUGCGCUCUACUCCCUGUGUUUCAUUGCUAGGCCAGGCAAAGUGUGCCAGUUAAGCCUGGGUGGAUAUCCCCUGGCCAUCCAGACCUAUCCCUGGGACAAGUCCACCUAUGGAAAUGGCAAGAAAUACAUCGCCACAGCCUACGUGGUGUCUUCCACCCAAUAGAGCUUGGAGCCAGAUAGGGGCAGGAGGGCAGUGAGAAGUCCGGCAGGACUCGGGGGCUAUCUGCUCUGGGCUGCAGGGGGCUGGAGGAGACUGGGAGGGGUUCUCAAGUCUAGAAAUGCCCUUAUGGUUAAGAGAGAAAAGACACAAAUAAGAAAAAUGCAGAGAAGCAGUCAAAUGUUUGUGCUCCAGCAUUUUGGAAAUACAGUCCAGGCAGAGAAGAUGGGAGCCCUCUUGCGGCCCUUUGCCCUGACCGGAGGUGAGACCAUAGACAAGUCCUUGAGCUCUCCAGGCCUCAUGUUUCCUUUUAAUGUAAAGGGAAGGGGUUUGCCCCCUUUCUUCUUUUUGGAGUCGAUGAGAGGGCAAACCUGAUGAUAUCAUUACUGUGAAGGUGUUUUCAAUUGUUCUUAAGAAGAACAGCAGAUAAAAAUUCUAGGUUACUAUAAUGGCUGUUAUCAUACACAGCUUUGCAAACUGUAGUUCAGCCCUAUGUUGGGGCCUCAAGGGACUCUCUGGUCAUGGAAAUCAAGCAGUGGGUAUUUGGUCUUUUCUAGGGUUCUAUCCUCUCAGAACAGGGUCUGGGAGAACCCUGAUGCUUGAUGGAGGGGAGAGUGGGUUAGCACAGUGAGUGAGCUUGGGAGGGAGUGAACUUCUCCAGGCCUGAGUGUUUCUGCAGCCAGUUCAGUGACUGCAUCAAGAAGCUUUCUACUUGUAGAUGUUUAGUGCAGGUACAGAGGUGUAUUUUGAUCCCACAUGGUCUGUGAAAGACUUCCCCACAUAGGAGGAAGAUUUUGCAUUUGAAGAAAGGAAUUUAUAGCUUGGUGACAUUAACAAUUAUUUUAAGGCUUAUCCAGCAGCCAUAGUUUGCUGGAAUUACUCUGGAACUAAAGACAGGGGCUCCCUGUUCCAACCUCAAUUAUGCAUUUCUCCUCUCGUGACCUCAGGGAGAACCAGGCACUGUCCCACAGAACUAGGCUUGAACUAUGGUUUACAGGGUUUGAGUCUCCAAUUAAAGUCAUUAAGAAAACUUGAAA